AUGUUCAUGUUGGGCGGAUGGCCGAACGGCAUAAAAAUCAGCCACCCAAUCAACAGCCACCCAGAAGCCCAGGCAGCAGCCACCAGCCACCCAAUCAACAGACACCCAGACGCCAGCCACCCAACCAGCCACACAACCACCCAGCCGCCAAUCACCCAGCCACCAGCCACCCAACCAGCCACACAACCAUCCAGCCACACAACCACCCAGACGCCAGCCACACAACCAGCCACACAACCACCCAGCCGCCAAUCACCCAGCCACCAGCCACCAGCCACCAGCCACCCAGCCACUCAACCAGCCACACAACCUCCCAGCCACACAACCACCCAGCCGCCAACCACCCAACCAGCCACACAACCUCCCAGCCACCCAGCCACUCCACCAGCCACACAACCUCCCAGCCACCCAGCCACCAGCCACCCAGCCACCAGCCACUCCACCAGCCACACAACCUCCCAGCCACCCAGCCACCAGCCACCAGCCACACAACCACCCAGCCACCAGCCACCCAACCAGCCACCCAACCAGCCACACAACCACCCAGCCGCCAACCACCCAACCAGCCACCCAACCAGCCACACAACCACCCAGCCACCAGCCACCCAACCAGCCACCCAACCAGCCACACAACCACCCAGCCGCCAACCACCCAGCCACCAGCCACCCAGCCACCCAACCAGCCACACAGCCAGCCGCACAGCCACCCAGACACCACCCACCUAG